AUGUUGUCACGCUACAUCUUCCUGGCCCUCGUUUUGUUGCCUUUCAGGGCUUCCGCAUUCUAUUUCUAUGGUUAUGGUGGAGAUCGGAAGUGCUUCAUGAAAGAAUUGUCCAAAGAUACCCUCUUAAAAGGCUCUUUCAAUUUAGGGGUUUACGAUGACAAGUUGGAGGAUUAUCCGCUUCCGAGUAGCAAGGAUUACGGCAUGAUUAUAGAUGUGGAAGAAGUGUUUGACAAUUAUCAUAGGGUUGUCCAUCAACAGAGCUCACCUUCCGGAGAUUUCACAUUUUUGGCAUUGGAAUCUGGAGAAUAUAAAAUAUGUUUUCAGUCUCAGGUGAAAAAUUGGGUAGGAAAAUCCAAAACGAAAUUGGAGGUUGAGUUUGAAGUCGGCUUUGAAGCUAUGUUAGAUUCUAAAAGGAAAGAAACCUUAAAAACUUUACAUGGGAAGGUCAAUGUAUUGAAUUCAAAGGUUAUGGAAAUUAGAAGGGAGCAACGACUAGUAAGAGAGCGUGAAGAAUCCUUUAGAGAUAUAUCCGAACAUGUGAAUUCUCGCGCAAUGUGGUGGACAGUGAUUCAAGUCAUUGUUCUGAUUUUAAUUUGUAUUUGGCAAAUGAAACGUUUGCACUCAUUUUUUAUCAAGCAAAAAGUCUUAUAA